AUGUUUCGCAUGUCCAAGACCCUCGACGUCAUCACCCUCUUCCACAAACCGUCCAUCUCGGCCUCGGUACGCGUGCAGAAUCUCCUCAAGCAAGCGUCGGCGCAGGCCUCGCAGACCGCCACAGAGGACCAAGCCACGGAUCACACGGCGCAGAACGAGACGGUGACCCGCGACCCUUUCGAGAUCGAAGUCACCGAGGCGCCGCCCACUCCGGACCAGCUCAAGAGCAUCUUCGAGUACCUCGGCGGCGGGGUGGCAGGGGAGCUCGUCAAGGGCGCAGCUAGCCAGAGCGACGCGCUGAGAAAGGUCAAGGAGGAUGGAAACGCCUUCACGAGACCCGUGGUCGUGGACUGGACGAGGGGAAAAGCCGUGAUCGGUGAUAAGCAAAGUGAAAUUUUGAAGUUGUUGAAGGCGGAUGGAAAGUAG